CGUCCCUGGUGACUUCAGUAAUGCCAAAUACUCACUAUAAUGUGCUGAAUCUUUCAGAUACGUACCAUAUAGGUUUAACAUCACAUUUUUUCCAAUGUGGAACAUGAAGUUCACUUUGGUGGUUUUGUGUGGAGGCUGGAUUACAAUCGGAACGAGUGAAGCAAUAUAUGAGAGGAUAUAUGAAAAUAUCUCCUCUACAUGCCAUCCGUUCGAGCCCCAUUUGGACGAUUUGACUCAGGAGGAUUUCAUUUCUCAAUUAACUCACAGUUGCCGGUAUGACCAUCUUUCUAGGCCACCUAGCAGUCUGCCCGUUCAGGUUGUUUUCCAAAUUGACGUCAAACACAUUGAGAAUAUCGGCAAUACACAAUUUAAAACUCACAUGUUAGUUCAAACGCACUUUAGAGAUGAUCGACUGAACUUUGAAAAACUAUCCCCAAAUAGAGGCAUGGUGGUGGGUCAGGAAGCUUUAAAGGCGAAGAUAUGGGUUCCGCAUCUUUUUAUUACAAACGAGAAAACUUCGUAUUUGAUGGGCCUAGAUAGGAAGGAUGUUUUUAUUCAAAUAACCCCAACUGGUCAUGUAUCAUAUUCAUAUAGAAUGACCGCCACUUUUUACUGCUCGAUGAAUCUCAGGAAAUUUCCGUUUGAUCAGCAAGUUUGUCAGCUAAUUUGGUCGAGCUGGGUUUACAAUGAAACUAGUCUCCAACUCCAGUGGUCUAAAAAUGAUCCUUAUAUUGUGUCAGAUGAUUUACAACUGACAGAGUUUUCCCUAGAUGGUAUAUCCGUUGAAUAUGCCAAAGUGUCCAUAAGCAACUCUUCUAGCAGAGAAUGGAAAGAUCCACACAGUUCGCUGAUUUUCACUUUUCAAUUAAAAAGGGAGGCUGGCUAUUACAUUUUGGAAUUCUUCCUGCCCUCCAUAUUUUUAAUAGCCAUGUCCUGGGUUUCGUUUUGGAUACAAGCUGAUGCUGCGCCUCCUCGAACAGUCUUGGGAACGUCUACAAUGCUGUCGUUUAUCACUCUGAACGGAAACCUAAUGAAGAACCUUCCCAAAGUGCCUUAUGUGAAAGCCAGUGAAAUUUGGUUCUUUGGUGGUGCAGCAUUUAUAUUUUGUUCAUUGGCGGAAUUUGCUUUUGUUAACGUAAUUUGGAGGCGAAAGAAGAAAGUUGAGCUUGUAAAGCACAGCAGUAAAUACAUUAUUAAAGGAGCAAUUUCUCCCAGAAUGGCAAGACAGGAUUUGAGGAAAUCCGCAUCAUUUUCCAGCCUGGAUUCCAAACAGGCAGACACUUAUCUGGCUGAGCAUGGUUCUACAAAUUCUUUAAAUGUCCCCUCUAUUAAUACUCCGGCUAAUGGAGACAAUAAUGGUUCAGGAUCAGCCAAUCCUACUCCAAAUCCAGCGCAACAGACUUGGGCGGAAAUGACUCCACAAGAAGUUGCUAUCUGGAUCGACCGAAAAGCUAGAAUUGUCUUUCCGACAAUGUUUGUAAUCUACAAUUUGUUCUACUGGAGUUAUGUUCACUUUGGAUAAUCACGAUUUUGCUACUUCAUUUUCAAUCAUCUGCUUUUAUUAAACUAUAUGCGCAAAUUUUCCUGAUUUUAUGUAUAAAUAAAUAAUUUUUCUGAACGAAUCUGCCUAAAAUUAACGAAUAAAUGAUAAAAUUAUUAAAAAAAUUAUAAUCUGAAUCUUUUCUAGCCUCUGUCUAUUAUUAAUCGGUGAUUUCUGCGAAAAAUGAAUUUUCUGAGCAAAGUUAUUUAAGACAUUCAACAAGACAAAUUAAAGAAAUGUUGCGAAGUA